AGAAAAAUGGCUUUCCGUUACAUUUUUGUCAUCAGUGCCUUCAUCGUCCUGGCUCAAGGAUCUAAUAUUUCUCCAGUGGAGCAGGAAACGGAGGUUGGAGUCCACAGCUCUGGCGGAGUGUCAUCUGGAGCUGCUGUAUCCGGUAUUUCACGUGGACAUGCUGCUGGACCCCAGUCUCAGCGUCCCGCCUCCGGCUAUGGUUCUACAGGAGGACCUCAGAGCCCUCGUCCCCAAGGCGGUGCUGCUCGCCGUUCAUCCGGUGGUGCUUACCGUCCUUCAGGCGGUGCCAGUCGUCCCUCCGGAGGCGCCAAUCGUCCUUCUGGAGGUGCCCAGGCAGGUCGUCAAGGACAGGCAAAUCCUCACCAGGCUCGCAGCCAGAAACCUUAUUAG